CAAGAUGUAUAAGGCGGACAUCCAGCCCGAGAGGAAGGAGGCAGCUGCCAUUGAAGCCAGGAGGAACCAAGAGAAGCAGAGGCAGAGCCGCAUCUUCAACGUCCGGAACCGGGUCAUAGGGGUGGACGUCGAAGCUCUGAACGGCCAGGUGGACGAACGGAAGCGGCGGGAGGCGGCCGAGAGAGCCCGCGAGGAAGCUUUUGAUGCUGAGCGGGUCCAGUGUGACCUGGUGGCCCAGAUGCUUGAAAGGGAGCAGGCGGAGCGGGCGCGGCGGCUGGCCCGGGGCAUCCAGGAAUUCAGGGAGCGGGAACAGCAGCCGGAAAGCCGGCGCGAGUUUGACCUGAACGACCCAGCCGGGCUCCAGAAGGCGCUGCCGGCCCGCGUCGGGGACGACGACCCCCGCUGCGGCCCUGCCAGCCUGCAGCUCUUUGCCGGGGAGGCCCUGUCCGGGCCCGCUCAACAGCGGCUGCAGCGGGAACAGAAUCGGAAGGACCUGGUUCGGCAGCGAGCUGAGCGGCAGCGGGCGGAGGCUGAAGGAAAGUACGCAGCCGUCCUGGAUGACAAGAAGCGGAUAGAGCUGGACCUGAGGGCGGCACACCUGGCUGAGCUGGAGGAGGCCUGCCGCAGAGCCAAGGACUUGGCCGUGGCUAACUUCAACAGGGCCCAGGCGGCCGAGACGGCUGAACAGAGGCGCCUGGCCCGGCAGCAGGAGGAUGACGACAACCUGGCCGAGAUCUACAAUCACCUGACGGGCGACCUGCUGACCGAGAACCCGCAGGCCGCUCGGAGCGAGCUGGCCCCGCACCGAGUGGUGCCCGAUCGCUGGAAGGGCAUGAGCCCCGAGCAGCAGGCUGCCAUCCACCGCGCCCAGGAGAGCCAACGCCAGGACGGCCGGCGCCGACGGGAACAGGAACGGCAGCUGGAAGCUGAGUGGGAACACCAGAGGCAGCUGGGGGCGAGAGCCGCCCUGGAGCUGGAGCGUCGGCAGCGGGAGUUGGCCCAGAGGCUGCGCCGAGGCCAGGACCUCUACAACCAGCAGCUGGCACAAGAGCAACGGGCACACAAGGAGUACCUAGACAAGGUCGUCUACACGAAUCAGCCCACCGCCCAGUACCACCUCCAGUUCAACAGCAGCAGCCGCUGAGUUUGCGAGCCAGCUCGCGCUGGGCCCCCGGUGGAGCGGGAGCCGGGGCGCGGGGAAGGGAAGGGGCCCGCGGCAGGGGCUCGGUUCUCCGGGCCCCGCUAAUAAAGUGGUUUUGGAGUCUCGAUGCGGUUGGAGCCGGAGG